AUGUCAAUCAACAUGACAGAUGUCAUUUCUGGAACAAAGGCUGCUAAAUUGGAAAGUCUGACAGUCACGUUUACUGAACACAACGACACUGAUAUCACAGUCUUACACGUCAGCAAUUCCGAUUCUACGUAUCUGGGAAGACUCAUCUAUUCUGUCAUCCUUUUCAUCUGCAUUCCAGGAAUUCUUGGAAAUGGAAUUGUCAUCGGCCAUUGGUGUUCCUGGAUUAAGAGGAAUUCUUUUGAUCUUUAUAGCCUCAUUUUGGCUCUAGCUGACAGUGGGGCUCUCGUAUUGAUAUUCCUGUCCGGUUUUCUGGACAUAAAUCAUUGCCAUCCGCCCCAAUACCUGUCCACCAUCCUCUGUGCCAUUACAUGGAUUGUCUCUUUCCUCAUCUCAGUUAUUCAUUACACUGGUUUUUUUAUAUGCUCCCCCAUAAUUGCUGGUCCUACUAAUGCCAUCGACUCCAAGGACAGCUUUUAUGAGCCCGAUUGUUUGAAAAAUGUCAUCUAUUCUUUAAUUGUUUUAAUCUGCAUUCCAGGGUUUAUUGGAAAUGGAAUUGUCAUCCAGCAUUUGGGUUUCAAGAUUAAGAGGAAUCCUUUCACUGUCUAUAUCCUCAAUUUGGCUGUGGCUCAGAGUGGGACUCUCAUAUUCCUUUUUCUGCAUGGAAUUCAGUACCUAAUUGAUCAGGGUUUUCACAUAGAAAUACUAGAAGGUUUCAUAUGGACCUACUGCACUGGUCAACUUUUUCUGACUAUCAUCAGCAUUGACCGGUGUUUGGCUCUCUUCUUCCCCGUUUGGUAUCAAUACCGUCAGUCCAUAUGCCUGUCCACCAUGAUUUGUGGCGCUGCGUGGAUAAUCUCUUUAUUUAUCUACGCAAUAAAUUACGCUCUGUUUCUGACUGUCUGGGGUAAAGCAGUGCCACCACUCUACCACUUUCUCACAUGCACCUCAGUUUGCGUCCCACUCAUUGCGUUCUCGAGUCUGACCCUCUUUGUCAGAAGUUACCUUAAAUCACGAAUGAAAACGCAAGAGAAGCUUCCCAAAGCUAUCCUGCUCGCCCUCUUUUUCUUCCUCAUCUUUUCUUUGCCACUAAUUGACAUUUGUAUAAUCAAUGUUAUUUACAAUGAAAAGGGUUUAAAAUUCAUGAUGUACGGCUACCUGUUUGCAUGUCUAAACAGCAGUGUUAACCCACUGAUCUAUUUUCUGGUGGGGAGAAAGAAGGAAUAUCAAACCACGUGCCACGGAAAAAUGAGCUUUCAGAGAGUUUUUGAGGAAGAGGAAGAGAAUGAAAAGCAACCAAUAGUCCAGAAUGAUAUCCCUUCAUGUUGUAGUGACAAGAGUGGAAACAAUUCCUAUUUCUAUAUCUCCCAGCCAGGAUCUGAAAAAUUAAUUCAGACAAACCUGCUCUGGAAAAUACAGGAUUAG